AUCUUUACCAUUACAAAAAUUUGUGUUUCUUAUCUUUUUAUUACCUUUUUUAGACAUCUUUAAUUGAAGUACUUGUUUGUUCUCUCUUAAGGAUCGGUUCGAAAGUUUAAGUUUGAGUUCUCUGUGAUCUCAAUCAACAGAUUUAUUUGUUUUUGCUCUUCUAAAAAGCAGAUUUCAAUACUGAUGACAACCUCCAACACACAACAAAGCUAUGACAAAACAAGUGAACUAAAAGCCUUUGAUGACACAAAAGCAGGUGUCAAAGGACUUAUUGAUAGUGGAAUUACUAAAGUACCUCAAAUAUUCAUUCAUCCAGAGGCCUUAGAAAAUAAAACCACAAAUCCCAAAAAUACACAUUUCAUUUUCCCUUUAAUAGACCUCCAAAACAUCAGCAUUAACAACAAAGAGAUAGUGAAACAAAUUCAAGAAGCAUCAGAGACAUGGGGUUUCUUUCAAGUUAUCAAUCAUGGUAUCCCCGUCCCCGUCCUAGACGAAAUGUUGCGUGGGGCACGACGUUUUCACGAUCAAGAUAUCGACGUUAAAAAGCCAUACUAUAGUCGAGAUAUUGCAAGGAAAGUUAUGUACAAUUGCAAUUUUGAUCUAUUUAGUGAGAAAUCUCUUGCAGCAAAUUGGAGAGACUCACUUUACUCUGUCAUGGCUCCUAAUCCUGCUACUCCCGAGGAAAUCCCCGAGACAUGCAGGGAAAUCACAAUUGAGUACUCAAAUUAUGUGAUGAAUUUGGGAUACACAUUGCUUGAAUUAUUUUCAGAAGGACUUGGUUUAAAACCAAACCAUCUCAAAGAAAUGGGAUGUGCUGAGGGACUAGGCAUUUUGUGCAAUUACUACCCUAAAUGUCCACAACCAGAAAUUGCAAUUGGCACAAGUAGACAUGCUGAUAAUGAUUUUUUCACAGUGCUUUUGCAAGAUGAUAUUGGUGGACUUCAAGUUCUUCACAAGAAUCAAUGGGUUGAUGUUCCUCCUACUCAUGGAGCUUUAGUUGUCAAUAUUGGUGACAUUCUUCAGCUUAUAUCGAAUGACAAAUAUAAGAGCGUAGUUCACAGAGUAUUGGCAAAUACAAUUGGUCCAAGAAUAUCAAUAGCAAGUUUCUUCAGCACAGGGCCAUUUUCAACUUCUAGAAUUUAUGGACCAAUUGAGGAAUUAUUAUCAAAAGAUAAUCCUCCAAAGUAUAGAUCAACAACAAUGAAGGACUUCUUUGAAUAUUCUAAUAAAAAAGGACUUGAUGGCAAUUCUAAUUUGUCUCACUACAAAAUAAUAUGAAUUUUGAUAUGUUGGAGUAAAAAUAAUGUUUUUUUUUGUUUAACCAAAAAAAAAAAGAUUAUCUACCUUAAGAAUAAAAAGAUGUUGCAUUUGUACUUUUGUAUUUGUUUUUGUUUGAUAUAAGAAAUAAGAAUGUGAGAUUAUUUA